AGAAGACGGAGAGGAAGGCUUCUGCUAUCCAGUUAAUAUUUAAAUGCGCGGUCUCGCUCUUUGUGGAAGAACAAUUUUUGCCAAGUGAAAUUCUUCGAUGGGAAAUUUUCUCUGGCAUCUGCUGUCUGUGUGUAUGAGGUCACGUGCUUGGGGUCAGCGUUUAACCUCCUGAGAACAAUCAACCAUGACGACCGAAUCGGGAUCAGACUCGGAAUCCAAGCCAGACCAGGAGGCCGAGCCCCAGGAAGCAGCAGGGCCUCAGGGACACGCAGGGGCACAGCCUGGACCAGAGCCCGCCAGCGGAAGCAGCGAGGAGCCACCCGCACUAGAGCAGUUCCCGGCAGCUGCCGCACACAGCACCCCGGUGAAGAGGGAGGUCAGCGACAAGGACCGGGACUUCGCUGCCGCAGCUGCGAAACAACUUGAGUAUCAGCAAUUUGAAGACGAUAAACUCUCUCAGAAAUCCUCCAGCAGCAAGCUCUCACGGUCCCCGUUGAAGAUCGUCAAAAGGCCUAAAAGCAUGCAGUGCAAAGUGACCCUUCUGGAUGGAUCUGAGUUCGGCUGUGACGUGGAUAAGCGCUCCCGAGGACAAGUACUGUUUGACAAAGUGUGCGAGCAUCUGAACCUGCUAGAAAAAGAUUACUUCGGUCUCACGUAUCGAGACGCCGAGAAUCAGAAGAACUGGCUGGACCCUGCUAAGGAAAUAAAAAAGCAGAUCCGAAGUGGUGCUUGGCAUUUUUCAUUCAAUGUGAAAUUUUACCCACCAGACCCUGCCCAGCUCUCGGAAGACAUCACCAGGUACUACCUCUGCUUACAGCUACGUGACGACAUUGUGUCUGGAAGGCUACCCUGUUCCUUUGUGACCCUUGCCCUGCUGGGCUCCUAUACAGUGCAGUCAGAACUUGGGGACUAUGAUCCCGACGAGUGUGGGAGCGAUUACAUCAGUGAGUUCCGCUUUGCACCAAACCACACGAAAGAACUGGAGGAUAAGGUAGUGGAGCUGCACAAGAGCCACAGAGGAAUGACACCCGCCGAAGCAGAGAUGCAUUUCUUGGAAAACGCCAAAAAGCUCUCCAUGUAUGGGGUAGAUUUACAUCAUGCCAAGGAUUCGGAAGGAGUGGAAAUUAUGUUGGGAGUCUGUGCAAGCGGUCUAUUGAUCUACCGUGACCGGCUUCGGAUAAACAGAUUUGCUUGGCCUAAGGUCCUAAAAAUUUCAUAUAAAAGGAACAACUUCUACAUUAAAAUCAGGCCAGGAGAGUUUGAGCAGUUUGAGAGCACCAUUGGGUUCAAAUUGCCGAACCAUCGGGCUGCCAAGCGCCUCUGGAAAGUCUGUGUGGAGCAUCAUACAUUUUUCAGAUUAUUGCUACCAGAAGCACCUCCAAAGAAAUUCCUGACCUUGGGCUCCAAGUUCCGGUACAGUGGCAGAACUCAGGCACAGACGAGAAGAGCCAGUGCGUUGAUAGACCGCCCGGCGCCUUACUUUGAGCGCUCCUCCAGCAAACGUUACACCAUGUCUCGCAGCCUGGACGGAGCAUCAGUGAAUGAAAACCAUGAAAUAUACAUGAAGGAUUCUAUGUCUGCUGCAGAGGUUGGCACAGGCCAGUACGCCACAACAAAGGGCAUCUCUCAGACCAACUUGAUCACCACUGUGACUCCAGAGAAGAAGGCUGAAGAGGAGCAUGGUGAGGAAGAGGACCGAAGGAAGAAGGCCGAGGAAGCCACCCCUGUCCCAGCCCUCCGGCUCGAGGGAAAGACCGACAGUGAACGGACAGACACAGCAGCUGAUGGAGAAACCAGUGCCACCGAGGAGCUCGAUAAGACUCAAGACGAUCUGAUGAAACACCAAACCAACAUUAGCGAGCUGAAGAGAACCUUCUUAGAAACCUCGACAGAAACUGCCGUAACAAACGAGUGGGAAAAGAGGCUCUCCACGUCCCCUGUGCGGCUGGCUGCCAGGCAGGAGGAUGCUCCCAUGAUUGAGCCGCUUGUGCCCGAGGAGAAACUGGAAACGAAGACGGAAUCCAUUGAAACUGAGGUGGCGUCUGCCCCGCCCUCGCAGCCCCCCAGCACUGAGAAGGUGCUGCAGGAAACCACCGUGGUGGAGGAGAGGCGUGUGAUGAACGUGCAGGGCAGUGGGGAUGCUUCUCACACAGUGGGGGAUGACACAGAUGCUGCGGAGUCCACACCCGUGGAUCCGCACAGCAUAAAAGGGACAGAAGCAGCCAAGGAAGAGAGAGGAGAGGUGGCCGACAAGUCUGUCCCUGAGCAGGAACAGCCUGCCACUGUCUCCCGUGAGGAGGAGCAGGUGGAGGCUACACACCCUUCCGAGGCUUCGGAACAAAAGUCUCAUUUUGAGUCAUCCACUGUGAGAAUGGAAAGUGUGAGCAUGGGCAGUGUUUCUCCAGGAGGAGGCAAGCUCGACAUCUCUACCAAGGAAGUGCCAGUAGUUCACACAGAAACCAAAACCAUCACAUACGAGUCCUCACAGGUUGACCCUGGGGCCGAUCUGGAGCCCGGUGUGUUGAUGAGUGCCCAGACAAUCACAUCGGAAACCACUAGUACCACCACCACCACACACAUCACCAAAACUGUGAAAGGUAGCAUUUCAGAGACGAGAAUUGAGAAGCGAAUAGUCAUCACAGGAGAUGCCGACAUUGACCAUGACCAGGCUCUGGCUCAGGCAAUUAAAGAGGCCAAAGAGCAGCACCCCGACAUGUCAGUGACCAAAGUAGUGGUCCAUAAAGAGACAGAAAUCACACCAGAAGACGGAGAGGAUUGACCAGAGGAAUAACUCAGCUUGCACACGAACCCAGUCAUGUGUAAACCGUUAGGAAAACCGGAGCCCAUGUGGCGUUGUUCCCUCUUCUAACCCAACUGACUUGCAUCUGUCCGUGGAAAAGUCCAGAAGAACUGACCUUGACCAUUCAUGAAAGACACUGGCAGAGAGAUCUUCCCAUAUAAAGCAAUCCGAAUCGGCAUCUCUAAACCGAUACUGCAUGAAGCGAUGGUAAAAAAAAAAAAAAAAUAAUAAUAAUAAUAAUAAUCACAAAAGAGCUGCACUUUUAAUUUCUACCGAAAUCUCUGUUUUCAACUCGACCUGCACGUUCAUAGCCAACUGUGUAAACCGUGAUCUCAUGCAACACGUCAACAACUCAUGCCUACCAUAGUUGUUUAUUAAAGUCUCCACAAAAAUCACAGUCUCAUAGGUGACAAAUUCUGUUUACAAACAAAUGUUAAGUACCCUAAAAUGCUAUCAGCCGUCUAGGUCCGGUGUGUCAGAUUUACCCCAGAUUAGAUGUGCCAAUAACCAACUUUAUUCAGUGAACAACUUGAAUCUUGUCCUUGUCUAAUCUGGUUUGAUUAUUCUCAAUCAUAAGCAGUAAUGACUCUCUGACCCUCUAGAAAUACUUAAUGCUUACAACCUUGCUUUGUGUCUCUAAUUUGUUAUAGUAGAAUCGAUUCUAGCACACUGAUGUCAUUUCUUCCUACUCAUUCACUCUGGUCUGCGUUCCAUCCAGAAAGAUUCCCAGAAUUGCCUAAGCAAACCCUCGAUAUGUGCAUUAUCAUUGUUUGAGGAAGAAAACCUGUAUUUUUGUUAGUUUACAAUAUUACGAAAAUCCACUCCAGGAAGCUCUGCCGGGGCUGCUUUUUCUUGUUGUUUUUCUUUUCCUUGUAUUUUUUCAUUGAUUUUUUUAUUCUUUUACUUGAACAAAAAGGUGUUUUAUUUACAAAUCUGGUCCAUAUUUCCAAUCUAGUGCAGAGCCAAGCCUUAAAUUGUACAGAAUUUCCACUGUAAUUAAACUAUUUAGUGUUUAGUUAUAAAGAGCCUCCAGAAAGAUAUAUUCUCCAUUACACUGUCAACUGC